UCAAUCACAAUGCGAAAUCUUGUGAAGUUUUCGAUAGUGCCACUGGUGGCCGCCAUCGGCUUUUUCAUGACGAAUUCUCGUUCUCUAGCACCGAAAGCGAUUCUUAACCUUCCGGUGAUGGUUUUCCGGAAGCUAUCUGAUUUGCAAGUGUCGUUUUCGGAUGGUGAUUUUUAUCAGGAUGAUUCCUGCACUGGCAAAGGGUUUCUUACGGUUGCCCACUGCUUAGUAAUCGAUUGGAUUGAGAUGAAUUUGAGUUGGAUGGUUACUCCCCGAAACUAUUGGCCACAGUUUCAAGAAACUAUACCAGUUUAUAUGGAUAAGAUUGAAUCGGACAAAGAAUUACAUCAAGCGGAUUCUUCAGAUACAGGUCUGAUUAUAAUUGUAUCAACAAAUGAGCCAGGUUCUGGUGUAAAAAAACUUUUCGAUGAGCUUCAUGACGUGUCAGCCGAGUUAGUUCAAGAUCUUCCAUUAAUGAGAGCUAUGAAGUUCCGGAUUUUACUCUAUAUACUUAAACUUUUAUCAAGUUGA